CGGUGUUAGUCCUAUAGUUUAUGGUAUCGAAAAUAUAUUCAAAGAAGAUUUGGAGCUAGACCGACAACUAAAGCUCAUUAACAAACCUCCUGUCAAAACUAUUCAUACAGAACAUGGAGACAUUGUUGAUUGUAUUGAUAUUAACAAACAACCUGCCUUUGAUCAUCCUUUGCUUAAGAAUCAUAAACUUCAGGAAAAACCUAACUUUCAAAGACCAAUUGGAAAAAUAAGUGGGAAAAAAUUAUCGGAUAGAUCUAUGUUUGGAUUUGAUAAACACCAUUGUUAUAAAGGGACAGUUCCUAUUCUCAGAACAACAAAAGAAGAUCUCAUUAGAGAAAAAAAUUUAUUAAAUAAUAGUAUUUUCGUUAAAGAUAUUUCCGGUGUUCAUCUUGCAGAGAUAGCUGUCUCAUCAAAAUUUGGUCCAUACUUCAGCAUUAAUGCAAAUAAUAUUGUUUAUAAUCCAACUGUCACUAAGGGUCAAAUGUCUCUUUCUCAUAUAUGGGUUCAAAAUGGACCAAUAAAUACAAAUAAUAAAAUUAGUAUGGGAUGGCAUGUGUCUCCGGAAUUGUAUGGUGACUAUGAUACCCACGAGUAUGCAACAUGGACGUCAGAUAAUUAUCAUAGGACGGGAUGCUUCAACCUAAGAUGUCCAGGUUUUGUUCAAACUCAUAGUGGAUUGCAUCUUGGUAAACGUUUCACAAAUGUAUCAUUCUACGGUGGACCACUUUAUUCUUUUCGUAGUUCUAUCAGUCAGGAUCCAUUGACUAAAAACUGGUGGGUAGGUAUACAAGAUUUUUAUAUUGGAUAUUAUCCAGCAGAAUUGUUUUCCAAUUUGGGUUCAGCAGAUAAAGUAGGAUUGGGCGGAAGGACAUCAACUGCCCCUGGCUCUCCUAGUCCUCCAAUGGGAUCUGGACAUUUUCCUGGAAAUUUUUUUCAUUCAAGUUUCUUUGACUUGAUCUUUGUUCAGAAUGCUUCAAGAAGAAAUUAUGGACCUGAAAAGUAUCAAACAGAACACUACCUUGACAAACCUAAAUGUUAUGGUCUUAAGUAUUUUGGUAAUCUUCAUCAAAACGUAGGAUGUGCUCUUCAAUUUGGAGGACCUGGUGGUAAUUGUGGCGAUUGA